CGUAAGCCUAUGGCUAUGACGUCUUCUCAAUCCCCAAAAAUCAGGACCUCUUUUCCCUUAUUCUAGAAAGCGUCUCGCCGAUAAGAUAAGAGGAGCUCACUCACUUCUUUCCUCUCGUGGAGGGCACGUCCUUCGCGUUCUUUUGACCCGAAUUGGGCCCGACCCACCACCUUAUGGACUCUAACGGCCUCACUCGCUUCCGCCACCGUCAAUCUCCAUCCUCUGAGCGCUUUCUAGGCGACUUCACCCGCGCGCUGAAGUCUGAAUAUCCCUCCACCUCCAACACAACCAGCAACGACUUCAACGACCUCAGCGAGGAAGAUAUAUUUUUCAGCCCCGACUUCUCGGUCUCCUCCCACGCCGACCAUCGCAACCACCGUACCCCUGUCUCUUCGUCCUCUCCUUCCCCCCGCCACCAUAGCAAGAACUUUUCCCAGCCUGAAUCUUUCGGCAUUCUUGCUGCCGUAGCAGAACAUGAACCUUCCCUGAAGCUUAAGACCUUCCAAAAAGCCUCGAUUUCCUCCCCCGUCUCUGCCUCCAUCUCAUUUUCUUCCUCCUCGACCUCCUCCUCGCGUAUUAUUCCUUGCAUCCCUAAACCGCCUCAAGACCGCCUUCCCACCCUCUUUUCGUCGGCGAAAUCCCACCAACACCAGUCAGCCCCUGUGAACGUGCCGGUGUUUGCACGGGUGAUGAGGAAUCAGAAGGAAUUUGAUGAUAUUGACGAUGAGGAACAAGAGGAGGAGGAAGGAGAAAUGCUACCGCCACAUGAGAUUGUAGCGAUGGGGUCUACCAGCUCGCCAUUGCUGGCUUGCUCGGUGCUAGAAGGAAUUGGGAGGACAUUGAAGGGAAGAGAUCUCAGGCAGCCGAACACUGACAUUCAAGGGUGGUGAAUCGGUGUUUUUGGACGGGCAUGGAAAGGAUGUUCAGAAUUUUCUUUGCUUAGAAACUCGAAAACUAUUGUGGGAUCUUAGAAUACAGUUGCGUUAUAGCUGUGAAGAAGAGCUUGGUUGGGAGCUAGAAAGGGAUUAUUGCACGAAGGCUGAAGAUGAUUGUAUGUGUUGAAGCUGGCCUUUUAGAAUCGCCCUUAAAUUGGUAGGGUAUGGGCUGCCGAAUGGUGUAUUGCUGUUCUGUAUUUGAUAGUUGUAGGUGGUGCGCUCAAUGGAUUCGACUGUUUGCUGUUCUGAAACUGCAAUGCACAUAAAUAUUCAUGAAAAUUUGUGU